GAGAUGAGAAUGAGGGAAUAAAAGCAAAAAUAUACAAAAGCCUCUCCCUUGCUUUCCUCCUCUCUUUGCUUUCUCUUUUCUCUCUCUUUCUUUCUUUCUUUCUUUCUUUCUUUCUUGGCUCUGGUAUUCCCUUGGUGUGAUUCUCCACCACCAUAUUUCCUAAAGACCCAUCAAACUUUAUAAAAGAAAUAAAGAUCAAACACCAUGGUUUUCUCAUCUAUUCCAGUCUAUUUAGAUCCUCCCAAUUGGCACCAGCAACCAAAUCAUCAUCCACUGGGAAGUACUACUACUGGAAAUGAAAACCCACUCGAGCUUCCACCGCUGCCUCUGCCGCCACUCACUCAUGUCGGUGGCCAAGGGAGUACUGGUGGUGGUGGCCCGGGCUCCAUCAGACCCAGUUCGAUGUCUGAUCGAGCCCGUAUGGCAAAGAUUCCACAGCCAGAAACCGCCCUCAAGUGUCCGAGGUGUGAGUCCACCAACACCAAGUUUUGCUACUUCAAUAACUACAGCCUCUCUCAGCCUCGCCACUUCUGCAAGACAUGUCGGCGUUACUGGACCCGAGGAGGUGCCCUAAGGAAUGUUCCAGUCGGAGGAGGAUGUCGCCGAAACAAGAAAAGCAAAAGCAACAGCAGCAGCAGCAGCAGGUCCAAAUCUCCAGCAGCCACAAGUACCGAUCAUAUUCAAACAGGUUCCAACUCAUCUGAUCAUCAUAUGAUUGAUAGUCAUUUGUCACAACUGCCACCGCCAACUCAUCAAUCCCUGCCAUUUCUGGCCUCAACAAUCCAAAGUCUUGGACGUUAUGGUGGAGCUGGGAACAUGGGAUUAAACUUCAAUGAGAUCCAGCAGGGACAGACUGAUCACCACCAUCAUAUGGGGUUCCAAUUUCAUCAGAUAGGAGGCAAUAAUAUUAACAAUUUAAAUGGUGGAAUAUUAGGAGGAGAUAACCAGUGGCGCAAUUUGAAUUUGCAGCAAAUUCCAUUCUUGGGUGGUUCUGGGUUUGAUUCAUCACCCUCAACAGGUUUAUACCAAUUUCAAACUGCUGAUCAAGGAGUUGAUCAUCAUCAUCAAGCACCGACUGAUCCUAUGGCUGCUAAUAAUUCUAGGGUUAAUAAUACUGAUGAUCACCUGCCCCCUCCAGUGAAAGUUGAAGACAAUCGUGGGCUUAGUUUGACAAGACCUUCUUUGGGUACUAAUAUUUCUGAAAACAACAAUAAUCAGUUCUGGGGUGGCAAUUUGAAUGCGUGGACAGAUUUAUCAGGCCUCAACUCUUCUUCCACAAGCCAUCUCUUGUAAGUUUUCCAAGCCAGAAAUUAAACCAGUGUAUAAUUAAGAUGGAUGCACGAGCCCUUGUCAUCCUUGAUGAUGAUUAGAGGUGGAUAUAUGGAUCCAAUAACUAAGAAAUGGUAGUCUUUCUGAUUUGUAUUUUAUUUGCUUUUUUUCUUUCUUUCUUUCUUUCUUUCUUGUUUUGAGUACUUAUGUAUCGUGUGUUAACUAAUGUAUGGUGUGUGUAUGUACCAUAUGGGUUUGUAUCUGCCACUAUGAGCUGAUCAUCAAUGGUACUCCUUUUGAAAAAAAAUUCAUUUCAUCGUA